GGCUUCGGUAAAGUAGACGUGGCAGUGACGUCAAUGCCGGAAAUGACCCGGAUCGGAACUUUAACUCCUGGCUUGGUUAGUUUCUGUUUUUUUUGAGCAGAAACCGUCGAGGGCUGACGAAAUAUGAUGUGAUAUCAAUUCAGACAUGUUUCUACUUAUGUCCAUGAAGGAUACCCCGCCUUGGAUGUGAGUUUGUCCAUACACCUACUCGUCAAAUAGACCAAAGGAGGAGGACCCGGAGUCUCGGGUGUUUUCUGGAAAACUGCGGGCUGUGGACCUUUCAUCGGCGGCAAGAUGACGUGCCGUGACCGGACCCUCGAGUUCCAGUCAGCCUGUAAAUCUCUCCAGGGCAGACAGAAUGGCGUCCAGCCCAGUAAACCAGCUCUUAGCGCUCUCAGACAUCGCAGCGACUUCACAGUUAUGGCCAAGAGAAUUGGGAAGGACUUGAGCAAUACAUUUGCCAAACUGGAAAAGCUCACUAUUUUGGCUAAAAGAAAAUCCCUAUUUGACGACAAGGCAGUGGAGAUCGAGGAGCUAACGUACAUCAUUAAACAGGACAUAACCAGUUUAAACAAACAGAUAUUACAGCUGCAGGACUUGGUGAGAUCCCGUGGAGCUCCUGGUGGACGACACAUCCAGUCCCACUCUAACACUAUAGUGGUGUCAUUACAGUCCAAACUGGCUUCAAUGUCCAACGACUUCAAAUCAGUCCUUGAAGUCAGAACAGAGAAUCUGAAGCAGCAGCGUAGCAGGAGAGAGCAGUUCUCCCAGCCUCCUGUGUCGACUUCUCCUCUAAUGGCCAACAACUUCAGGAGCCGCAAAAAAGGGGCCCAGGAGCCGCAUGCAGCUCGCGAUCCGCGCAAUGACUACCAGGGCUAUACAACCGCAAAUUUAAAAGAGAGCUCGGUCCUGAUGCAGGAUGAGUCCAGGAGCAUGGGUGACGUGGCCAUCGAUAUGGACUCUCAGAGCAACCCCCUGCAACUCCAGCUCAUCGACGAACAGGACUCGUACAUCCAGAGCCGCGCGGACACCAUGCAGAACAUUGAGAGCACCAUCGUGGAGCUGGGCUCUAUAUUCCAGCAGCUGGCUCACAUGGUCAAGGAGCAAGAGGAGACCAUCCAGAGGAUCGAUGCUAACGUGGAGGACACCCAGCUGAACGUGGAGGGCGCCCACACAGAGAUCCUCAAGUACUUCCAGUCGGUCUCCUCCAACCGAUGGCUGAUGAUCAAGAUAUUUCUCGUCCUCAUCGUCUUCUUCAUCGUCUUCGUCGUUUUCUUCGCCUAACGGAAGGAGGAGCAGUCGAGGGGCAGCGGCGAAAGCACAUUAGAUGAGAGUAAGUGAAGCUAGUUCUGGACCAAGAAGACGUGUCCAGGUGACAUAUCUGGAGGACAAGGUUGUGGUGGUUUUCAUGGAGGCUUGGGAUUCGCUCAAAUACAGACUUUACGGUUAUUCUCAAGCCACAGACUCCCGAUCUAAAUUCAACAGUUCAGUGAAGAAUCAGGAUGUUGAACUCUGUCCAAAUGAAAUGAAUAAAUUGUCUAAAAUCCCCACUUUGUAUAGAGAGAGAGCAGACGACUGCUCCGUGUUGUACUUGACCAACUGUUCAUGAACAUUUAAUCCAAAUGGCUAUAAUUUAAUGGUUUGAUUCUGCAAACUGUCGUAUGAUUUAGAUUUUUCUUUACUUUUUUUUCCCUCUUACCCAUCAUUUAUUAUUUCAAAGCCAAACAAUAGUUUAUCCACUGAUGUUUCUGCUUCCUAGUUCACCUAUGUUUUAGUGAAAACGCAUGACCGUGUCUCAUUUAAAAGUAUUUCUUUACCCAGCACCAUUCAGAUGUGAUGUGAAUUUUUUUUUUUUUUUUUUUUUUAAUCCAGUGAUAUUCUGUUUUCAAAGUUUAUUUGCCAAAUGGGUACUCUUAUCGAACUGUGACACAACAUGGAGACACUCGAGAAGUCAGUUACAGCCAACUGAGAGGAUGUUUGAAUUAGUGUUAUCGAUGCACGAACUGCACGAAAUAUCGACGAGUGACGACUGUUUUAAAUGAGAGGUUUAAUGGUUGAAAUGGGCGUAGGCCUCACUCAGUGAGCGCUGCAGAGAGGAUCAGUGCUUAUGAAGGGGUUGAACUGGCUGUGAAAGCCUCUAAUGAAGUGACUCAAUCAGCCAGAUUCCCUGGAAGUAUCUGGUCACAUUCAGUCUGUGCUCCCCCACUUUAUCUAAUGUACAGGAUGUUAUUUAAAUGACCACAGCUUUUUAAGGAGACAGAAAGCAUUUUUCCUAUUUUUCCCCAUUUUUUAGCCAAAUGCCUUGACUUCAGUGUAAAAAGUGCAAAUAGUUAUAAGGAUGUAUUGAUAAGAAAGUGCGCAUUAAUAAAAUAAUAAUGGGGUGCUGGCA